AGUACCGUUUGCACCUGCGUCACUCAAAGGGAUCCACUCAGAUUUCAUCUAUUGAGGAGAAAGAGGCCAAAGUGUUUAGCUCAAAUAAAUCUCAAACAGUUUUGUUCAAGAGUCAUGUGAUACUGGAGGAGAAAGAGAAGGACGAAGAGGAGGGCAAAAAUAAGCAAGAGGGCCAAAUAAAUGUUCAAAACGCAUCUUCAUGUACAGAUGAGGCCCCGCAGGGCCAGGGCUCUUUGUCUGAAGGACCAUUUAGGUCUGCUGAUAUUGAGGACAAGCAAAGAUGUGAUGAGAGAGACCCAAAGCUGCAAUGCCAUUCGUCUCCAAAAAUGUUAAAUGAUGGGAACGUUUUAUCAUUCCAUGUUAAACAAAGAAAAUUCAUGAUCUAUCUGUGUGGUGGAUAUAAAGAUACGUCCUCUGAGCGUAGUGCAUUGAUGGAGAGUGUGUAUCCUCAGCUGUAUACACUGCAAGCAGAGAGGAUAUGAUUUCAGGAUGAUAGACCUGCGUGCAGGAGUGGGAGAUCCUGUUUCAGACCAUCAUGAUUUGGCAGAGCUGCACUUGGAGACCCUGAAACGGUGUCAAGAGACUGAAGUGGCAAACUUUCUAGCAACCUCAUAGCAAUGUGUGUUUGUUGGACAGAAGCAUGAGAUACAGUCAUUGCCGAAUACAAUCCCGCAAGAAGGUUUUGAAGCACUUCUUAAAGGUACAGUGCGGGAUGUUUUGUAUGAUCUAUUAACAGAAAUGCAAUAUAACAUACAAAACUGUGUCUUUAGAUGUGUAUAAAAACCUUAUGUAAUGAAAAGUUAUGUUUUUAUUACCUUAGAAUAAACCAGUUGUAUCUACAUAGGGAGCGGGCCUAUCUACAUCGAAUUUGUUAUGUUGCGCAGCCAUGUUUUGUACAGUAAGCUCUAACGGACAAACAGCUCUACAGAGCGCGUUUCGUAUAUGUUGGUCUUCGUGUUUGUUUUUAGACGCAGCUUGCGUCAUCACUGAGUUGAAGACGCACAAAGUAGUAAGUCGUAGUACGGAGAGGAGGAGGAGUAGUCGUCCUCUAGCUGAAGCAACUGAUUGUUCUGUCUUAGAAGUUUUGAUAAAAUGGAGGACCAUGCGUAUUGUGCACAAGCGCGGACAGAGCGUGAAUCUCCGUCGUCAAAGAAGCGCAAACGUGAUGCUGCCAGACGAAUUAGAGACAAACGGCGGCAGAAAUCCAGGAUAAACAUCGGUGUAUCUAUUACCAGAUGGAAGGCACUGUUGAAAUACAAAUGUUUUCAAGGUGACGCCGAAGUUGCCUGUUUUCUGCUAGACUGGUAAGAUAAUUCAACAUUUUCAAUGUUUCCACUUUUUCAAUGUUUACCAAACAACUGUUUUGUUGAAACGGUAACGUUAGCAUUUUAUACAAAUGGCCAUAUAACCUCCGAAUAAUAAUGUUUUUCCGUCCCUGCGGUACGUACUCCGGUUGUUCCUGACUUUACAAAGGGGGAGACAAACGUCUACUAACUUACACAACUGCCUAUGUCGCUGUCAGAUAAAACGCUUUGAACAGCGUUGCUAUUUAUGAUUAGCUAACUUUAGUUACUUCACUACUCUCAGCGUGUACUAGAUAGCACGCAAGAAAUAUAUCUAAUUAUAGAAUUGUAACAGUAACUUUCGCAAUAGAAUACAUGUUAAAUGAUUAAUUACGUUAAUAUAUUGCCUUACCUGCUUGUAUCACUACUAUUCGCUGUCUCAGUAGACGACAUCUUUUUUUACUGUUGCGGCCUCCGUCGUAAUUCGAAAGGGAGGGGUGGGCAAAUGACUCAGAGAUUCAUUGCAAAACUAUAAUACAAAGCUAGUGGCCGCUGAUUUUCAAGAACUGCGCCUUUAAAUCUGUAGAGAGAAACAAAAAUAAAGUGUCUAGGAGACAGUCAGACAUUGCUGUUGAAUCACAGUCCAGUUUUGCCACCAGUAACAGUGGGAGUGUGAUCCUGGUGCAAGUGGCAGAUGACAAGGAGCUUUCACACAGUUCUGCAGUAGUAAAUGAGAACGUGGGUUCCAGCAGCUCCAUUUCAGAUGGAAAGGACGCACAUCUGGCCAGGAGCUGGAUGGACUUUGACCAGGAUUUGACUCUUCUGCAGACAUGGUACAAGCUGGAUACAAACACACUUCCCACUGUGUAUCGCUUACUUCCUGUCAGCAUCCCUGAACGGACAAACUACUCUACAGAACACGUUUCGUAAAUAAAUUAUCUCCUUCGAAAAAGAAGUCAAAAUGCGACGACAUCUUUGUUCUGUGUCAGCCUCCGUAGUGCUUCAAAAGGUAGGGGAUGGAGUGAACUGUUGGUUGCAAUUCGCUAUCUCGCUGCUAGAUGGCGCUUAAUUUCAUACACUGGACCUUAAAACGUCUCGGUUACGACUGUAACCUCCGAUCCCUGAUGGAGGGAACGAGACGUUGUGUUGAGAGACAGACUGGGGUUUGAUCUUGAGAACCUAUCAUCUCAGAGAGGAAUUUAUACGGGUAUAAAAGGGAGGUGGCGGCGGCCAUUCACUCACCCUUUGGGCUGAGGAACCUGAGAGACAUCUCCCGGUCGCUGCAGCGUGUUGGCGAAACGUUGUGGCAUGAAGACACAGUCGUAACCAAGACGUUCCCCUUCAGUCGGUCUCUCGACGUUGUGUUGAGAGACAGACUGGGGACCUAUCUUUACAUGCACAUACGGCACUGAGCCGUAUCACGACCUCCAGCGGAGCGACACUGACUGGACUAGUGAGUCACAAGUGAGUGCUACUGCGAGACGUAAUCUUCCAGUGGGAUCAGUACUAGUAGCAUACCCUGAGAGGCUAGUACAGACGACCAUCACGGGCGGUGGCGUUCGUCUCUAUUAGCGAGACGUUGUCCGGCGCCGUAAGAACACUGGGGAAACACUGCUCUCCUCGUUGAAGAGUGUGUUACGGAGGCCACAUCCUAUCACAAGGGGAGGUUACAUGUGGAGACACCAACAUGGUCUCACCAGUGGGGAGAACAACAUGUGAGAAAUUGUGUCAGCACGAAUGGGGAGACCCAGGUGGUGUAAUCCACCGGAGGGGAGGUCACAGGUUCACCGACAGGGGAACCAAGAGUGAGGAAUUCAACAUAUGGGACGACCCUGCAGGGGAGUCACUACGUAUGGGGCAACAGUCCUAGUAUAGGGGUCCACCUGAGCUGGGGCGACUCUACCAGUACUGGACUUGGUUCUAACAGACCGCUCCGCCCGGUCUGUUACCAUAAUGCCAAUGCUUAGUGAUGGAUGGAAUGCCUAUACUUCGCCGUGGAUUCACCCUUCUGGUGAUGGGUCACCAUAGCAUUAAGAACCUGAUGGACCGCCUGAGCGUGGAAGGCUGAGGCAGUUUAACCCACAGCAUCGUAAGUCUUCGACACGGAAGUGAGCCUUGGUCAACCCCUCCAAGUGGCAGCGUCCGCGGUGCACUGCAACUGCACAUUCCACCUGGGGGACUUCGACAUAUCCCUUAGCUGCCCCACCAUCCAGGGAAGUAACAGCUCCUGAGCCCGUCAGACGGGAAUGCGCCACAAACAGCAUAUUUCACGUCUUUGUGAGCUCCUCAUGCACCUCCAGGACAGCCGCGAGUGUCGGGUUGCAGUGGCCCCACCCUCCCCGGAACACUCGCGGCUGUCCUGCCCAGCUGGCCCGGGCAAGCACGGCCGUCAUCUCUGCAUCGCCUCGUCUUGGGCUUGACUGCCCGGGGAUGGGAGCUCCAAGGGGUCUCCGCAUCCGAUGCCAGGAGGUAGCUGUCCGACGUUAUGACAGAAAGUUCGUCUCCAUCCCAAGCCACAAGCCAUUGAGCGUGCCGGGGCACAGAUGGUCCACGAGCCGAAACUGGCGGAGUGACAUCCAUGGGCAUCCCCAAUCACCCCCGCCGCUCGCCGAAGCGGUCGACCUCGCCGAAGCGGCAGUCGAACUUGCUCGGGAAGCAGACGGGGUUGCGGCUACAUUCCGAAGAACGUAGCCAACCGUGACCGCAACACCUUAAUCGACGAGCCCUGCCACUGCAUGCUAGACCCCCAACAUGCAAUACAGGUGUCAUGCCCGUCGGACUCAGGGAUGAGUCUGUCAUACCCAAGAACACAGCUGCGAGACAUGCCCGAAGACAGCGCAGACUGUGAGAGGAAAUUUGUCGUAAAUCCAGCAGUCUGGAAGAAAUCUCGAGGUUCUGCUUAUUGAUGAAUAAAUAAUGUGCAUGUUUUUUAUUUUAUUAAAAAGAAAUAGACUGAUAUAUCAGUAGGUAGAUCAAUCAGCCAAUAUUUUUACUAUUUUGCCAUUUUGUUAUAUCAGCCAGCAUAUCAGCCAGUUUGUUAUUUGUUAUAUAAGCCAGUUGUGUCCACUAGGGUUUUCCUUUAUUUGUCCCUAAAGCCUGCUAAAAUAAGGCUUAAUUAUUUAAAAUCCUUUCGUUUUUUUUAAAUAGUUUUCCUCUCUAAUUUUCUUUACUGUAGCACACAUCAUCCUGAGUACACCAUCCUAAGUAGGGAUGUGCAUCGCAGAAAGCUUGGGAGAAAGGCUUGGCGCUCUGCAUGUGUAAAACUCUGGAAUGUUCUGUGGCAGUCUGGACCUGAAGCCAUAGGAGAAGACGCCACCUGUCAUAUGCUUAAGACAGUGUUGGACUCGGAGGUGGAGCAGGGUUUUGAAGGCAAACUAAUCAACCAAGUCUUGCAUCAAGCUCAGCAGCGCUUUGUCCGCAACAUCCACUUCAAGCUGAGACACACUAAUAUCCAUGAGACGAACAUCAGUUGGGGAAGAAGAGUUCUCAGCGCCAAACACAACAGAUCUCAUCAGUUCUACAUUGAACGUCUCUGCUCGCAUGUCCAGCGUGCUGUCACUGCAGCCCUUAACAGUGUUAUGCAGGCUAGUCUGGCUAAAGGCUCCUAUGAUGUUCAGAGGAGAGACAUUUCCAGGCGUCGAGUUGAUGAAGAGAUUCAGCAUCAUAUCAAAUUUGGAAUAACACUAGCACAUGGGUAUGUGUUCAGACAGGAUUUUCUGGGGAAAGUGAAGCGUACACUUCUAGAAUCAUCGUCGUUGCUGUUACUGGGGGAACCAGGAUUUGGAAAGAGCAGAACACUUGCCAAAGUGGCACAACUCAUACCCACCUGGAUACCUGGGGAUGCCAAUGUGCUGACCUGCUUUGUGGGUCUAAUAUCUGACAGCAGAAAUGUGCGUUUGAUGCUUCAGAACCUGUGUCUCCAGUUAGCCAACAUCUAUUGCCCCAAAACAGAGAUAUCUGAGACACUUCCCAAGUUGUCCAGUGAGCUGUGCUCAUUGUUGGGGCUGGUGACAGAGGACCGGCCCCUGACUCUAGUUCUGGAUGGUCUGGAUAAUCUGAGUGAGGAACAUGAGAGUGACCUUUCCUGGCUUUGUAAUAUUCUACAACCACACGUGUUUAUCAUUUUGUCUGCCAGCACGCAAUCUAAAUGUGCUCAUAUUCUACAGUCUCAGCUCAAGGUCUCCGUCCUGACCCUGCCUGCUCUUAACAGUAAGGAGAUCACAUCAGGACUGGUGUCCAGACUCGCAUCAGACUCUCACACACUAACAGAAGACCAGUGGAGCCUCUUAUUCCAGUCAUGUCUAUCAUGUCCGUCCCCUCUCUACCUAAAUUUAGCCUAUGCUGAGACCAGGAGAUGGUGUUCCUUUACUCUCAAAGACAGUUUUAAUCUCCCUAUGGACCUACAACAGCUCUUUUUGAGCAUCCUUGUUCGCCUGGAGCGAGAGCACGGCGCGUGUUUGGUGAGACGCAUGGCUUUGUUAAUCACUUUCCCGUGCUGGCGUGACCGAGGAGGAACUUUUGGUGCUGUUGGGACGAGAUGAUCAUGUGAUUCGUGAGAUGGUGGUUUUGCACCAUCAGACGUUGCCCAUUUCCAAAUACUCCCCAGUGCCGUAUGUGUUUGUCAUGCAACUUCUGCAUGGUCUGAAGGGUUAAGUCACAGAAGCAGAAAGCGACGACACAUGGGUUCUGCGCUGGACUCAUACAGAGUUCAGCUGCAUCGCCCUGCAGCGUUAUGCACCGACAGAGGACUCCAAAAAAGCCAUACAUGCAAAUUUCACAGAUUACUUCAAUGGGAACAGCCCAAAUAACCAGGUUUUCGAGCCACUGGCAUGGAUCAGGACGGACAAGGGAAGAAAUUGCUAUGUAUUUAAUUUGCACAAACUUCACAGUUUGCCGUAUCAUUACAUCCACUCGGGGCAGAUUAUUCCAUUACUUAGCCAGUGUCUGUUUAACUAUGAGUUUCUUUUACAUAAACUGUGGGGUCUUUCCAUCUGUCACGUUGUGGAGUAUCUUAAAGCUGCAGUCAUACCGGAUAAGUACGUUUGUGCCUGCAUAUUGCAGAAAUAGCUGUUUUUGGUAGAAAGACUAUGCAGUGAUCAGCAAGAAGUGUGUUUUUGUUAAGUUUAAUAAUGUAGUGUGUGUGUUACAGAGAACUUCUGGAUGUGAAAGUGUUAGGUCAGGUGUUGUGUCUUUCUCAUUCUGUGCUCUUGAAUGAUCCCUGUCAGCUGGCCUCUCAACUCUUGGGGCGUUUGCAACAAAUCAUUGCACACGACAAGCCUGUUACUUCAGGUGACCCGAGACGAUAUUCCUAUCUACAUGAUCUGUUAGCACAAUGCAGGAGCUCA